UACCUAUUCGGUCCAGGUUUGCGAAUGUAUUGUGACCGAAGAGGGAGGAAGGAAUUUUGAUAGGAUUUUCCAAAUUUAUUCAGACUUGGUAACUUACAUUUAAAGAGAACGGGAAAUCGGUUUAAUCCAAAAUUUACAGACCGACUCCCUUUAGUGAAACAAAGUUGUGUUGUGACUUUCUAAGUUCUAAGGAUCAUCCUAACGAAAGGAUUUGAUAGAAUUGUCAUUAGUAGUUUCGACUAAUGGCCAAUAUCCAAGCUCCUGAGAGGUAUGACACCCAAAAAUUUCGCAUGUUAUGUCUAUUAAAAAAGUAUAGAAACUACGUAAAUAUCACAACCAUGCAGUAUAUAAAAAAAAGGCAGGGGGAGGGGCGGAAUUCAAUAGUAUAUUUUAUUAAAUGACCUAAAAUUAUUCGGUUAUAUUUCAUCCCUUUAUUAUUAUUCGUAACAUUGUUUUGCUGUUAUAUCCGCAUGUGUUUUGUGUGCAGGUUAUAGCAAACUUGCAAGAAUAAAUAAAAGAAAAACAAGAAUAGAAUUUCUAUGGAGAAGAAAAUUGAUUUUUUUUCAAUGCGAAUUUGCAGAUCAAUGUAACCCUUCAAAAAUUUUGAGAUUGAGCAACCUGAACAUAACGAUGGCCGGUUGUUUUGGGAAGAAUAUAUAGUCCUCGUGAAAUUUUUAAACUGCAACAUCAGUUGUUAAGAGGAGAGGAACUUUAAAUUUGUUAUUGUAAAAUUUAAACACAUCCUUUUAGUGUGUUUAUUCAUUUUUUUUAUAAUUUAACUCGGAAAAUAUAAUAUUUAAGACUGUGAAAAAUAAUGAUGUUGUUUUUACUGUUUGUACAACAAGAAAAAAGCUCCUAAAAACAAUGUUGUCCGUUACGUUAUGCUUUUGUUCGAUUCAUCGAUGUUUUGUUCGAUUCAUCGAAUUUGAAGACACUGCAAUGCAGGUCAUUAGCCAGAAGGCUCUAUGAGAGUACACAUAACAUCUCAGUUAACCUUUAUUUCUACUUUGCAUGAAAACUUUUUCAAGGUAUUUUACUAAGCGCGUAUUCGGAUUUUUUGAUUCUCCUUCUCUGAUUUUCUAGACUUUUUUUUAAACAAACAGAAAAACCCAGGAAACGGAAAAGUGUGUUUAAUUAUGGAAACCUAUAAGAUAAUCUAUGCUGCAAAGUGUUUGCUGUUUAUGUUCCAUUCGGAGUGUGCAGCUAUACGGAGUAUGGCUUCGUAUAGGCAUGCGUAUACAAGCCGGUGACCCCAGAGCCCCAACAGGGCAAAGCCCAGCCAAAUAUCGAGAUUUUCAAAAUGUUAUAAUAUAAAUGGCAACACCUCAUGCAAACGUAACCCCGAAAGAAAAGGAGAUCCUGGGCAUGCUCUACGAAACCGUUGUAGAUCUUAGUUUCACCUUUGCCUAUGCCAUGGCAGGUGAGAAAUUCUUGAGUAUAACAAGGUCAUCUACCAAAAUGGAUACCAAUGAUGUUCUUAAGAUGCUGGCGUACUUCGCGGCAGGUAGGGCGAGUCGUGAAAUGGCUGUUAAAAAGGAGUGGUUACCCGCGAGUAUCGUGCCGAAACCUAAAUGAGCGUCCAGUAGAAUUUCUAUUUGUCCCUAAGGACAAAUAGAAACAUAGAAGGAACCAGGAGUUGCCAGAGAUGCAAACACUAUCUACCCUUGAACCAUUUUAAGAUGAAGUGUAAUGGUCAACCAACGAGGACAUGCAUCAAAUGCCUCGAUAAAAAAAAGGCGUCAAAGGAGCGUACAACAAAGUGCCGCCCCGGCAACCAGCCUCUAUACAAGCUCAUGACUAUCUGUAGGGCUCAUAUUUAAGCCCAGUUUUCCGUGGGUACGACAUGGAAAGUCUAUAAGUUUUUGCAUAUACAUCACAAGGUACCGUUUAAGUAUAUAGAAACCGGGAGGUAUCCGACGCAUGCUGAUGUUGCCAAGGCAUUACACAAGGAGGGUCUCUUCAUAGUAAAUGGAGGCCAAAUGUUGUUCGAAGUGCAAGCACGUUUUAACCCUGGACAAGUUCAAGAUUAGGGGGAAUAGUCGAACGAAGAGUUGUAUAGGUUGCUUGCACAAAGCGAAGGGGAAGCGGCGUACCAAAUGCAAGGACCAUGUUAUCGAACACAAAGUAGACCCUCUUACCAUUGAUAGGGAAAUUAGAGGGUUUCAACAGAAUGAGAAUUACCUGCUCCUCUAUACCCUGUUCACGUACAAUAUUAUAUCCAGGUACGCCGAAUUCAUCGGAGCACCCUACGAGAGCCAGGAAAAGGUAUGGCUCGUCAAGGUACUGCGUUUCCUACAUGGAAAAUUAACAUAUACUCCGCUACCCCUCGAAUAUAAGACCCAAAAGACCAAACUCUGCCCUGCAUGUCGAGGGUCUUUGGUAAAUAAUCACGGCGGCGUGUUGAUUUGUUCAACAUGUGCCGCGAUAUACCCUAAAAUUCAUGAUAGAAAAUGGUCGAACUAUUAAUAGAUGGAUUCUUUAAAAGACUCCCACACGGCAAUCUUCACCGGCCCGACAAGUUGUGGCAAGACACAACGUGUCUUGGACCUAUUGGAAAAUGAGUAUAGGGGACACUAUCACAAUAUUAUGAUACUGUGCCCUAUCAUACGGUGGAAUACCACCUGUUUAGAGAGGGCAUCGCUAUGGAAAGACCCCUAUGUCUUUCUAAUCGAUCCUAAGGAUCAAUUGUUUGAAUGGAUAGCGAAAUUGUCCUUGUUACUGGCAGGCGAGGAGAGUUUGUUUGUCGUGGACGACAUGAUAUCUGACGAGGGCCUCGAUAAGCGUCGACAGUCCCUGCUUGAAUUGGCUAUUUCGGGAAAGCAUCGCAAACACAGUCUUUGGCUAUUAACCCAGUCGUAUACAGCUUUCCCCAAUAACUUCAGAAAGCAGAAAAAGGCCUUGUUUUUGUGGUACCCUAAUGAACGCAGUGACAUGAAAAUGAUCGAUGAAGAGACGAAUUUGAUCCCGGACCGGGAUGAUAUCAAAGCUAAUCUGAAAAAGUCCAAGCACGCACGCUUGAUGGUGAGGUUGGAACAUCCUAGGACGUGGAAAAUCCUCAAGUGACCACGAUGAAAACCUCUGGCUUACGUUGAUAUAUUAGAAAGAUGUCGUUGCAAGUUAUGUUCAACGCAGGAGCCAUCGAGACCCUAUCCAACAACCAGGAUCAACCUAUGUUUAAACGCGGCGAUUUGGGACGGUUCUUGUGUAUUGAAAAGAUUGCGUAGUCUUAUCGAGAUAUUUCCACCCUUGCACGCCAUGAGAUAGGGACAACUAACUCGUGGCACUCGGGGAUGAGCUCGAGGAUAGGGAUGAAAAACUUGGUGCUCUUAAACACGACAACUCGGAACUACAGCAUAGGCAUGUUCCACACCGAUAUCAAUAUGAUACCGUGCUAUGUGUGGUUGAUAAAAACGAUCCCCACGAGCAUGGAAAAAAAAAGGCAUACAUA